GAUGGCUGAUGGUGAGAUUUUUCUUAUCAUUACAGUGUCCGAAAAUUUGUAGAUGUGGGUGGAAACGACAUCCAAAUGAAAAUCAUUUUCCACUCUCACCUCCAGUUUUCAAGCCCAAUUUUCCACUCCCAAUUCCACCGAGAAGGAGCAACUGCCCAUUUAGACAGCAGAUAAAGUGCCAAUCAACUUCCAGUCAUGGUGGAUCAGCGUGAUGCUCUGGGGACAUCCUGGCAUGACAGCACGUGGAUACCGAUCCUCAGUGCCAACAACGUCAUGGAUUACUUUGCUGAGCGCACCAACCCAUUCUACGACCGCACAUGCAAUAAUGAGGUCAUCAAGAUGCAGCGUAUCAACCCCGACCAUCUUCAUAACCUGGUGGGCCUCGAGUACACGCUGCUGCACGUGCAGGAGCCGAUUCUGUACGUCAUCAGGAAGGAGCACCGGCACUCGCCGAACCAGGUGACGCCACUGGCCGACUACUACGUCAUCGCCGGGAAGGUGUACCAGGUGCCCGACCUGGGAUCCGUCAUCAACUCCCGGCUGACAUCGUCCAUCAACCACCUGCAGGAGGCUUUCAAAGAAGCACGGUCGUACGCCCGGUACCACCCUUCAAAGGGCUACACGUUUGAGUUCAAAUCUCAGAAUGGCCAGGAGCCAGAGACGAAGAAGCGGAAGCGUGAGACGGAGAAGGAGCUGGGCUCACUGUUCCAGACGCAGCGGGUGGACAUGCUGCUGGCUGACCUCGCCAGGAAGUUCCCGCCGAAGCUGCCCAACCAGCCGCCGCCGCCCAACCCAGACGGCGAGGUCAAGGUGGAGCGUGCAGAGUCGGUGGCGAGCGCGGCGCCCUCGCAGGCCUCCGAAGCCAAGACCAAACCGCCGCCGGACAAGAAGCCGCGCCUUGCAUGAGCGUCGAUCCCUUUACCGCGUGGUUUUGGACGAUGAUCUCCAGACGGGAUCCCUAGACUGGAGUAGGGUAUUCCAGCUGGUCCUAGACGGUCCGCAGUUGACUAUGGACGGUCUUCGGCCGGCGGUGGGUGUCACCAACACCAGUCCAAUGAGUGUAGUCCGCGGUGGAAUAAGGGUGGUUACCAGUCAACGACCAAACUAGCGAGCGUUCAGUGCAACUCUCUGGACAGCGGAUGGGCGAGGUGCGUGCCUACAUUCGAGCUGUGGUCACUGGUGGUCGUGUUGUGAGUCCUUUCGCGAUAGUUCUCUCAUGUCAGUGGCUGUUUGUUACUGCAGUGGAGGAGCAUCGCCGUACCGUAUGCUUGAUGGAAUCCAUAUUCGAUUUUAUUUCAUUUCGGAUGGAUGUGCUCAGAAGCCCGUGAGCCCGUGAGUUUGGGUGGUUCACAGCCAAGUUCACAGCAGGCUGGAGUGUUUUUCUUGACGCUGUGUUGUUUAUAUCUUUAAUGCUUUGUGUUGUUAAGUAUGAAAUGUUCUCCAUGCUAACUGUACUUUAUAGCCUUACGGUAAAUAAUGUGUGUGCCGGAGCCGAAAUACAGUGUUUUCACCAA